AUGUGUUACUGGUCAGCAUUUUCUUGGGAACUUUCGAGAAUGAAUAAGACCAAAAUCCUGGCUGAAUUCAUGGCAGAAGAUAAAAAAAAACUGGUUCCUUGUCGUCAUAUAUUUGGAUGCAAUGAUAUUUCAACUUUGGUCUCUUUUGCUACUAAAAAGCAAAAGGUUGUACUGGUUUUGUCAACUUUACAUGGCCAAAACAAACUGGAUGAUGAAACUGUUAAGUCAAUUCAAGUUAUGGAUUACAAUGGCAGGAAAGGGGGUGUGGACACAGUCGACUUCGUGUGUUCAAGGAUUUCAACUUUUAGAAGAACUAAAAGAUGGCCAAUGACAGUUUUCUUCUGA